CACCCUGCCGCACGUCACCCGUCCUUGCGGCUCCGGCUUAAAGCGCGGUUCCUGGAGAGAGCCCGGCAUCGUGUGAGCUGGAAGAUCCCGGCGACGUUCUCCGUUUCUCGGUGCUUGCUGCCUGACCGGGUGCCCAGGAUGUCAGUGGCGGUGAGUUCGCGGCUGAACAAGGCGGUGCGGGAGCACUACCUGGGGCUGCCUCAGCGCGGCCGGGUGCAGGUCACCUACGUCUGGAUCGACGGGACCGGAGAGGGGCUGCGCUCCAAGACAAGGACCCUGGAGUGCGAGCCCACCACUCUAGAAGACAUUCCGGAGUGGAACUUCGAUGGCUCCAGCACCUACCAGUCGGAGGGCUCCAACAGCGACAUGUUUCUGAUUCCGGCCCGCAUCUUCCGAGAUCCCUUCACCCUGGAUCCCAACAAACUGGUUCUCUGCGAAGUGCUCAAGUAUAACCGCACGCCGGCAGAAAGCAACCUGAGGCACACGUGCAACGAGUCGAUGGAGCUGGCGAAGGAAGAUCGCCCCUGGUUCGGCUUGGAGCAGGAGUACACCCUACUAGGCAUCGAUGGGAAUCCAUACGGGUGGCCGAAGAACGGGUUCCCCGCCCCGCAAGGACCAUACUAUUGUGGUGUUGGAGCAGAUAAGGUCCAUGGCAGAGAUAUAGUGGAAGCUCACUAUAAAGCAUGCUUCUAUGCUGGAGUGAAGAUCUCAGGAACCAAUGCUGAAGUCAUGCCAGCACAGUGGGAAUUUCAGGUGGGGCCCUGCGAAGGGAUUGAAAUGGGAGACCACUUAUGGAUGGCCAGAUACAUCCUUCAUCGCAUUUGUGAAGACUUUGGGGUUGUGGCCACAUUUGAUCCGAAGCCAGUAACUGGAAAUUGGAAUGGAGCUGGAUGCCAUGCCAACUUCAGCACCGAGGCUAUGAGAAAACCAGGAGGACUCAAGUACAUUGAAGAAGCGAUUGAAAAGUUGAGUAAGAGGCACCAACACCACAUCUGCAGAUAUGAUCCAUCUGGGGGAAAGGACAAUUCCAGAAGACUAACUGGUCUACAUGAAACAUCAAGUAUCCAUGACUUCUCGGCUGGAAUAGCAAACCGCGGGGCCAGCAUCAGAAUCCCACGUCAGGUCGGACAAGAUCAAUGUGGAUACUUUGAAGACAGAAGGCCAUCUGCAAAUUGUGACCCUUAUGCUGUCACUGAUGCCUUAGUCAGGACAUGUGUCUUAAACGAAACUGGAAACUAACUGAAGUUUUGCACUAAGCAAUGGGCUUUAAAGUUCUAAAGUCCUUGAUACCACGGGGCAGAGCAAUACUUUAUAAUCUAUCACUAAAAGUUGUUUUUUGUAUCUCUUUUUAGAAAUGUUCAAGGAUGUAAAUCAUUAUUUAAUUAUUGUUCUCUCAGCAAUCUCAAUUAUACAUUCUUAUGUUCUAAUCUUUUCAUUUGGUAUCAGAGUGUAAGUUGAAAGGAGAACUAAAUUGGUAGCUCCUUGGUAUAACUUUGACAAUAAUUUGGAGAGACUUCUCAUGUCAUAGUUCUUGGAAUGCACUUUGCUUCUCUACAUUUGAUAAUGAGGUUUGAAUCAGUACUAUGAGCAACUUCAGAGUAGUUCAUCCUAAUACAUGUAUUUUAAUGAAAUAAAACAUCCUGGA